AUGUAUCAGCAUUCCACAGAUCCGGAAUGGUACGUCAAGCUGGGGUCGCCAACCAAAGGGAUAGCACCCAUGGUGGACGGAUCUGAGCUUCCAUAUCGUUUACUAACACGGAGGUACGGCGUAGAGCUUGCAUGGACCCCCAUGCAUAGUACAAACACUCUUGUCACGUCGUCCAAAGCGAUGACCCAACUCGUCGAUGAGCUCAAGCACGGAGAAAGCAUCGAUAGACCGCUUGUUCUGCAACUAUCAGGAAAUAAUCCGUCUAACUUUGAGUUAGCGUACAAUACCCUAGUCCAAAUGGGUGCAGGGUGUUGCUUUGAUGUAGUGGAGCUCAACAUGGGGUGUCCCCAGGCCGUGGCGCUGCGUGGAAAAUAUGGUGCCUACCUCAUGGGGCACUUGGAUCUUGCGGAAGAGAUCCUGCGCACGUUGGUGGCCGUUACCGCACGCUCUGGACUAGGACACAAGGUUGCCGUUAAGACUAGGCUUGAUAUAUCCGACAAAGAUACGGUUAAGAUGUGUCUUCGUCUCUGCAGCACAGGAAUAGCGAUGUUUACCCUUCAUGGACGCACAAGGCUGCAACGCACCGGAUCGGCCGUUGGGCUGCCUGAUUGGCAGGCGCUUGCGUCUAUUCUCAACAAUCUACGUGCUUCCUACCCCCACCUCAUCUUCUUUGCAAACGGCGGGGUCUGGAAUCUGGAGACACACGAGCAUCUCCGGUCCCUCACUGGCUGUCACGGAACCAUGUCAGCGAGCAUGCUAACUGAAAAUGCCGGUGUUUACAAUUGCAGAGACGGACUAAAUAAAGAGUCUCCGACUAUCACCAAUCUGACUUGUGCCAUUGGUGAGCACUGGACCGAUCAGCAAAAGGUACAGAAGCGACUUGCUAUGGAUCAAUCUUUACGGAAAUGCGUAUAUGUCGCAAGCAAAGCAGUCCAGGAAUACCCAUUAGACGCUCCCAUGUAUGCAGACCUCAUAAAGACAUGGAUCGUUUCACCAGAGGAGACAGAGGAGUCGGUUAUUAGAAUACAGCUGGCGGAGAGAUCACUAGAACAGCGGCGAAACAGAAUCAUGCUGGCACUAGAAUAUCUUUUAAUUGCACGAGACAUGCCAGCUUUCGUCACGGUUAGUCAGCUUACAUCACAUGUGAUGAGGUUAAUAGGGCGUGAUCUUGCCGCAGCCAACGUUGAUUUGAGGCAGAAAAUUACGAUAGAGAGUAGAGAAAAGAUCUGGGACGCAUCGGCCAGUGGGCAAGAAGGGCGAGAAGAGGCUCAUCCCAUAACCAAAAUGUGUAACACUCUAUUAGAAGCUGUCUGCGAGCUGUAUUACAGGAUGGAUAAUAAUGUAUGUUGCAUCAGUUCUAUUGACUCCUUCCGGACUACUGGUGCGUAG